AUGAGUGGUGUGCACACAUCGUCAGUGCAAGGAACUGCGUCACCACUCGAAGCCAUGUCGGCGCUUCUCGCAUCUAUUGAUGAAGAAGAAGAAGAUGAAGAAGACUGUGAUAACGUCGUGGAUUCAGUGGGAGCAGUGCCGAUGACAUUCUCAUCGGCUAUGGAUUCCAGCGACGCAAGAAAGUGGCGAGAAGCGUGCGAAUCAGAGUUUCAGUCAUUGUGCAAGAACAACAUGUGGGAACUCGUGCCGUUACCAAGUGAUCGCAAGGCGAUCAGCAGCAAGUGGGUGUUCAAGGUAAAGGAGACUGUUGAUGGACUCAUCCAGCGAUAUAAAGCGCGCCUCGUGGCAAAAGGAUAUUUGCAAAAGUACGGUGUGGACUUCGAGGAGACGUUCGAACCAGUGGCCAAGUUCGCGUCGAUCCGGAUCAUUGUAAGCCUCGCCGCGCAGCACAACCUCGUACUUCACCAGAUGGACGUCAAAACGACGUUCCUUAACGGUGUGCUUGGAGAAGAGAUCUACAUGAAGCAGCCUGACGGAUUCGUCGAUGUCAAUCAUCCUCAUCAUACGUGCAAGCUCAAGCGUGCGUUGUACGGACUCAAGCAAUCCCCUCGUAUGUGGAACCAGACUAUUGAUGAGUUCAUGCGCUAUAUUGGCUUCACCAAGUGCGAUAUGGAUCACUGUGUCUACGCCAAGCGUGACGACAAGGUCAUGAUGUUUGUUGUCAUAUACGUCGACGACCUCAUCCUUGCAUGCAACAAUAUGGACAUCCUCGCAGCCACCAAACGUGCAUUGAGCGAGCGAUUCGAGAUGUCCGAUCUCGGUGAGCUUAAGUACUGCCUCGGAAUAGAAGUCGAGCGCGAUGACAAGUCAGGCGAUGUAUCGAGGAAACAGACUAAGUUCUUGCGAUCGAUUCUGACCAAGUUCGGUAUGCAAGACUUUAAGCCUGUUAAGACACCGCAAGAUCCCGGACUGAAGUUGACUAAGCACAUGUGCAAAGAUGGAUGCAAGCACAACUACACCAUGCAAGGAGUGCGAUACCGAAGUGCCGUCGGAGCCUUGAUGUACCUCGCAGCUUCAGUGGGAGUGAUCAGCCAGUUUGCUGCUGACCCGUGUCCGACACACUGGCAAGCACUCAAGCGCGUGCUACGGUACCUGCAAGCGACUCCUACACUUGGUAUUCGUUUUAUUGGCGCUGGCAAUGGCUAG